AUGACUCUUUCAAUAGUAGUCGUUUAUCAGUUCACUACAUCACCGUCCUUCGAUUCUAUCAUAUCAGCCAAAGAUUUAUCCGUUUUGGGUCAUUAUAUUCAUCAACCAAAAACGGACUUCUCUGCUAGAGCUAGAGUCCUAUCGGGAUCCGAAUUAUCUUUAAUUAGAUGCUCGUUAAAACUUAAAAAACUGAUCCUCCAUCGGCUGGGCUUUAACACGGAUUUUUGUACUCCCAUCCCCCUUUAUGAGCAGACGCACCGUGAUAAGUGGCCCGGCUCGGUAGUAUGCGAUAGUGGGGAGAAAUGGCGGCGUUGCGGGAAAUUCGAAAGGGGAAGGAGGUUGUAUCACUGUGCGGACUUUCAAUUGCAGCCUGCGAAUGGAAAGUUCCAUAUGGCCAUGCAGGUCAUAUAUAUGGGGCUCAGACUCCUAAAUAUAUAUAAGGACAUUCUUCGCCCUUCUGAUAGUACGUUGCUACUGCAGGAGAGUUUCUCUCGUAACUACCACUAUAAUCCCGGCAUAAUUUCGGUUUGGGAGUCUUUAUCUCUCUGUGUAGAAAUCAGUGAAUACUUUAUUGUCUUGAUAUGUGGUUAA